GCGGAGCGAACCCCACCUGCGUACACCGUCUCAGCCGGUGGAACGCACGUUGUGCAACAAGGCCAUUCUGCGACGGGCGGCUGCAUCUCUGCAACGGACAUUAUUCCAACGGGGCGUGACAUGGCCAGUCCGGCACCCUUACUGCGGCCGCCUAUCCCAGGUGCUGGGCCUGGUGGGCGGUCGCCUUCGAGUGGUAGAGUGCCCAGGCUAGGCCUUGCCAUACCGGCUUCACCCAAUCAAAGACCAGUCAACAGCGCUGCAGUGCCUCCAGUCACACAGUCGACGAGCCUACCACCAUUGUCCAUACCAACCAAACAGCAGCCUCCCAAACUGAGCCUCGCAACACCGAUGGGUACACGAGCGACGCCACAAGAGAACGGGCAAGGCAGACGACGAGGUCCGCCGCUGAUCGUACCUGGCUCCGGCCUGACACCGAGCGGUGGCAGCAGUGAUGACUCGGCACACAGCCGGACCAACAGCUUCGGUGCCAAUGGCUCAACCUCGACCGCGUCUUCAUACUCAAUGCUGAACUUUGCGGACGUGCUGAAAGACCCCGACUCAGCGGCGUACUCAUCAAGCUCUGCGCAUAGUGGCAUUGGCAUGGAGAGGGAGAACAGUAUGCAGGGCAACCAAGUUGAUCUGGAGAAGUACCUCGAGAAACUCACGCUGGAAAAGGGUGGCCCGUUAGAUGCAGAAGAUCUGGACGACCUAGGUUGGAAGGCGGCGAAGAAGGAAGGUCGGAUUGUCACGCUUGGAUCCCUUGGUGAAGGCGCUGGAGGUGCUGUGACCAAGUGCGUGCUUGAAGGUGGCAAGACCGUCUUUGCGCUGAAGAUCAUCACGACAGAUCCGAAUCCCGACAUCAAGAAGCAGAUCUUCCGGGAACUAUCGUUCAACAAAUCUUGCGCGUCAGCACAUAUCUGCAAGUACUACGGCGCCUUCAUGGACGACACCGGAGGCACUAUCGGCAUUAGUAUGGAGUUCUGCGAAGGCGGCUCGCUCGAUGCCGUAUACAAAGAGGUCAAGAAGCUAGGCGGAAGGACCGGCGAGAAAGUGCUCGGCAAGGUCGCCGAAGGUGUGCUGAACGGACUAACGUACCUGCACGGCCACCGCAUCAUUCAUCGUGACAUCAAACCAUCGAACAUCCUGCUGACCCGGAAAGGCGAGGUGAAGCUGUGCGACUUUGGCGUUAGCGGCGAGUUUGGCACUAAAGGCGACGCGAAUACAUUCAUCGGAACGUCGUACUACAUGGCUCCGGAAAGGAUCACCGGUCAAAGCUAUACCAUUACCUCGGACGUCUGGUCCUUGGGCGUGACGUUACUCGAAGUGGCACAGCAUCGUUUCCCGUUCCCAGAGGAUGGAACGGAGACGAAUCCGAGAGCUAACCUCAUCGAUCUCCUGACAUACAUCGUGCGGCAACCAAUUCCGAAGCUUAAAGACGAGCCGGAGAGCAAGCUUAAGUGGAGUGCUAAUUUCAAGUACUUCAUUGAAUGCUGUCUAGAGAAAGAGAGCAGCCGUCGUGCAACACCCUGGCGCAUGCUUGAGCAUCCGUGGAUGAUAGAUAUGAAGAAUAAGCGGGUUGACAUGGUGCAGUUCUUGAAGACUGUGUGGGAUUGGCAAGACUGAGCCUGGUCUGCUUUCUUACCUUGCGGAAGGUUUAGGUGGCUCAUUCAUUACCCCGCUGUCAUCCGGUCUAGGAUAUCCACGGUAACGUAAGGGGAUAAUAGCUCCAAAACGCAGAUGAAGCGUCCUUUAUGAUCCAGGUGACCAGAACACUUGCUGGCCUAUAGACGGCAACGCGGACGGCGCGGGAAGUUCCUCAGAGGUUGGGAAGGCGCUGGGUGCUUCUCGCAGCAGCCACAGCUCUAACGGACAGCUCAAGGGACUGAAUACGGGGUCUAAUACCGGUACAGAUAUGUGUGGUGAUGUGAUGGAGACGAAACCACUUUAAGACGCCGAGGUAGUGGAGGGGAACACAUCUACGGAAGUUAAUCAGGUCGCACGUAGAAUUUAAACAGCAUAUGAGGACCACUCGACAUGAUUGUACGUUACUGCCUGGCUCAGUGUUCUCGUUUGG